ACUUAAGAAGCCCUUUCUUUUGGUUUCCCUCCUCUGUUUCUUUCCCUCACAAGCCUAGAGACACAUAAAAAUGACAGGUUUCAGUUUGAGAAGCCUUACAUUUAUGAUGUUCAUUGCAUUUCUUGUUUGGUCGUCAAGUAUGGAGAGCUGCAAUGCCAGGAGAGGUAGGCAUUGGAGGGAAAACAGGCACGUUUUCCCGUCACUUGGAAAGAAGAAAGGUAAAGUUCAUGGCAGCACUCAUCACCAACAAAAGGGAGGGUCAAAGCCAAAAGUUCAUCCUCCUACCUUCCCUCCUCAGAAAGCUCUGCCACCUCCUUCAGCUACCAAGCCAAUAAAAGAAACCCCGCAGAGCCCAUUGCCACCACAGAAAGGUCAUGAAAGCAUCCAGCAGUCUGCUGUCUUCAAUGUGCUGGACUUUGGGGCCAAGGGUGAUGGGACCACUGAUGACACCAAGGCAUUUGAAGCUGCGUGGUCAGCUGCUUGUAAAGUUGAGGCAUCAAUGGUGAUUGUUCCAGCUGAAUUCACAUUCCUUGUGGGACCCAUUUCAUUCUCUGGUCCAUACUGUCAAGCAAAUAUUGUAUUUCAGCUGGAUGGCACGAUCAUUGCUCCUACUGAUUCCGAGUCUUGGGGUAGUGGUCUUUUACAAUGGCUUGAAUUCACAAAGCUGAGAGGUAUAGCAGUUCAGGGAAAAGGUAUCAUUGAUGGAAGAGGCUCAGGAUGGUGGCAGGAUUCCCCUUUCGAAGAUCCAACAGAUGAUGAAAUGAAACUCAUUGUCCCAUUAAACAACACAUUACAAGAAAGGCCACCAAUGCCGGUCAGAAGUGAACUCAGUGGGAAAAUGCCAAGCAUCAAGCCAACUGCACUGAGGUUUUAUGGGAGUUUCAAUGUAACUGUCACGGGCAUAACAAUUCAAAACAGUCCGCAAUGCCACCUGAAGUUUGACAACUGCAUAGGGGUCGUGGUGCAUGAUAUGAGCAUUUCAUCUCCUGGUGACAGCCCAAAUACAGAUGGAAUCCACUUGCAGAAUUCCAAAGAAGUGCUAAUUCAUGGCACCAAUCUUGCUUGCGGGGAUGACUGUAUCUCAAUACAAACUGGAUGCUCAAAUGUGUAUGUACACAAUGUGAACUGUGGUCCAGGACAUGGAAUUAGCAUUGGAAGUCUGGGAAAGGAUAAUACCAAAGCCUGUGUCUCAAAUAUCACUGUUCGAGACAUCAUUAUGCAUGACACAAUGACUGGUGUCAGAAUUAAGACUUGGCAGGGUGGAUCAGGCUCUGUACAGGGGGUAAUGUUCUCAAACAUUCAAGUUUCUGAGGUGCAACUACCAAUUGUGAUUGACCAAUUCUACUGUGACAAAAGUUCGUGUAUGAACCAUACAUCUGCUGUUGCUCUCUCAGGAAUCACAUAUGAAAGAAUAAGAGGAACAUAUACAGUAAAACCAGUACACUUUGCCUGUAGUGACAGCCUACCAUGUACAGGUGUGACUUUAUCUGGCAUAAUGCUAAAGCCAAUGCAAGAACAGUACCACCUCUACAAUCCAUUCUGCUGGCAAACUUUUGGAGAGUUGACCACUCCUACUAUCCCCCCAAUUGGAUGUUUACAGAUUGGAAAGCCACCAAACAACCAUGUUCAAUCUGAUCAUGAAGUAUGUUGAGCACGGCAUAGGUAACUUAUAGUGUAGUCACUUGUGUGGUCAGCAACAUUCUGGCCCCUUUUACACCACAAUAGCUAAUUAAAGCAUAGAUUGUAUGUUUAAGCUAUCCCACCCUAUAGGAAUUCUUCUAUGAUAAGAUUACCCCUCGUUUUCAUUCCAUGAGAGUAUACUAUACGGGCAUGCCAUCCACUAGAAUGUGAUACUAGAGUAUGAGUUGCCUUGUUCAUUUCGACAGAGUUAUUUGAUUGUGUGAGAUAUCAGACAUUAUUUUGUUUGCCAUUGUAAAUCAAACAAGGCACUUUAU